CGCCUGGGCCGGAGGCUCGUCCUCGCUGGCGCGCAGCGGCAGUGACUGACAGCGGCUGCUCCGGGGACGGGCGCGCACCCCGCUCCAGCCCCGCCUCCCUCUGCCUGCCAGCAGCUUCUGAAACGUGGAGCGGGAGCUGUCAAGAGAGGUCUAGAUGGCAUCGCCCGCCCUGCACCAAGGGUUACCUUGAUGCACCUGUCCCGGAUGAGGAGCUCAGCCGGACCUGAGGUGGAUGUCUGUGUUCUAGGCCUGAACCUGGGGCUGAGACCACAGGUGCUGGCUGGAGGACCCAGGACGCCCUAGUGGCUAGUGAGUCCAGCAAGGAAACUUCCCCUUUCUUACACUCAGGAACCCGCUGGGCUUACGUGAACACAGGUUCCUGCUGUCACAUGAAUCUUUUGACUCUAUCAGCCUGGCUCUGAGUAUGUGGGAGGAAGCAGUGGAUGGGGACCACACUGAGUAAGUCUCUGGUUCUUUGUGAGAUAAACCCUGCUAGGGAAUCAAUCAGAUAACCUAGGGACACACACCAUGCAUGGCAAGAACAGAGAACAGGAAGUCUCAGAGCUGGCUCCUAGGGAGUUUCACAUCCUCCUGGAAAGUGGAGGAUCUAGUGACUAUGUCCAAAUGCCAGUCUUCCUAAAACAAAUAUUUUCACAGCAGUCUAGAGACAUCUAACUGGUCCUUACCUAGGAGCUUAUGGCGCACAUGGGGGUGCAGGUGGGGGGUGAGGAUGUAGGUCCCGGGAUUUGGAGUUAAGGAUAGAAAAGCAGGGAAAGGUCCUGGUCCAACAGGAGAUGAAGUGACUUUAAGCCUAUUUGAAGCAAGAGGGCCACCCAGGACAGGGAUGUCCAGUGCUCACAGAGAAUGUUGGAACUUUGGGUCCCAUUCCAGACAUCAGAACUCAAUGUCAGCAGCCAGAAGACAGAUGUGUCCCGGAGUCCCUGCCCUGAGGUGUCAGUGAAUCUGGGAGCUGCCUAGCCACAGUGGGGACAACAGUCUCACGCCCUCCAAAGCUUCUGUUGAUUCCCAGGGACAUCAGGCUUCCUUCCCUAUGGCAGGCAUGGCUGACCCUGUUAGACCCCCGUGAAAAGGACUUGUGAUAGGUUGCCUGCAUUGUUUGUGGGGAUACAACGCUUGUGUAGACAGGUGUUGCGGAAUAUUACUUUAACUGGGCAAAGAUGUGUUACAUUUGUUUAUGCUGCAUUUGUUUAACUAUGUGAAGCUGUGUUGCUUUGCCUGCCUAAGGCACCUGAUUGGUCUAAUAAAAAGCUGAACAGCCAAUAGUUAGUAGAGGGAUAGGUGGGGCUGGCAGGCAGAGAGAAGAAGUAGGAGGAGGAAGAAUCUAGGCUCAAGAGAGGAGAAAAACGAGGGAGAAAGAGAGGGACAGCCAGAGCCGUCCACCCAGGCAGCUGCCAGCCAGCCAGACCCAGAGUAGGACAGACAGCAUGAAAGGAAGGUAAAAAGCCCCGAGGCAAAAUGUAGAUGAGGAGAAACAGAUUAAAUUAAGUUCUAAGAGCUAGUGGGACAAGCAUAAGUUAAGAUCAAGCAUUCAUAAUUAGUAAUAAGUCUCCAUGGCAUGAUUUGGGAGCUGGUUAGUGGCCCAAAAGCAAGCCUGCUACAGAUAGGCAGCCAGACCCUCAAACUGCAUGAAGACUUUUCAAGAAAGAUGUGAGUGUGGAGUAGGCUGUUUAAUUAGGCCUGUAGUAGGACAGUCCCAUAGGGUCAAGGAAAUUGGCUCAAACCAGUUACCAAGGCAUGCACAUAACAUACUUCCUUAUGAGCCAAGCUGGAGUCUGCCUGAGGGCCUAGCAACAGGCACCGCCCAGAGUUCCUGAUUGUGCCCAGCCAAUGAGGGACGACCAUGCAGUGCCAUCAGAUUGGGACACAGCUUGGGUGCUGGGAGGAGGGUAUAGAAAGCCUUCCCCAUUAUUGAAUAAACGAGUCUGCUGUUUGCCUUCAACUGACUCCCGGUGUCUGUGCCAUUGACACUGUGCUUUCUCACUCCCUCCCCCAAGGGAGCUGCUAGGAUCCAGCAACAAAGGCCAUUGGUCAAUAUUUGAAGGGCAUGUUUAGCAGCUUCCUCUCUUGCUGGCCAUGGAAAGGACAAAAGAUCCAGGGAGCAGGGGACAUGAAGCAAAUCUCACUAUGGAGUCAACUCUUAGCCAAAGACUACAGCCCUUAAGCAAGAUGGCUGAGAUUCAGGGCUUUGGGUGAGACAUAAAGUCACCUCUUGACAAAUGGUGACAAUGUCUUGUUGUAUUUGGCAUUUUUAAGAAGCCAUGGUGUAGUUGCCUCCUUCUCUCACUAAACCUCAGGCCACCAGAGGGUAGAGUGCACAGUCCUGUCAGCAUCUCACACCUCAGUGGGCAGCAAAGACUUCUGUGUGCGAUCUGCACUUAGCACGCUUGCUGAUUCAGACUGCAAUGCACCAAGGUAAGUUAAGAUGCAAAUUAGGACUGGGGAGAGUUUGUUGGGUUAGAGUUUGCUGUGCAAGUGUGAGGGCCUGGGUUUGAGGCCUCCCUACUCACCUGAAAGCUAGAUGUGACCACAGGGGCCAGUAAUCCCAGCAGAGCGGAAGGAGGAGACAGGUGGGUCUUCAGGGUUCUCUGGCCAGCCAGCUUAGUCAAAACAUCGACAAAUGUACACACCACACAUGGACACAGAAGCCUGAUCUAACUGUUUCUCAGGAUGCUGGUGUUGUGAAUUUUCUGCUUUUCUUUUCAGAAUUACAUUUAUAAUUCUGUUUCUAUUAUGAAAUGACGAGACUUCAUUCUCACCUCUGGUCUGUGAUUUGCAGUUUGCCUGAGGUCUUCAUGAAGCAGAGAAUGGACUUGGGCCUGGGCGAUUGUCUCAUCUACUGGUCUAGGGAACAACUGAGUAUGAUCGGCCAUCCUCAUAGACUGUGAGAACAUUAGGGGAGUGACUGGCAGGAAGUUCAGCCUAAGAAAAACCUGCUGUGAACAAGGAGAGCGCUUGGGGCUGUAGACCCAAGCUACAUGCUUACCAGAACCCUUGUUGCUGUGCUUCUUGUAAAAUUAGGGCAGGGGCAUCUGGCUGAGAGAAAACAGUUCCUACCAUCGAUUUGUUAUUAUUUUAUAAACUUUCACAAAGUGUAAACCACAUAAUAUUUUCACUUAACUGUAGCUUCACAUUUUUGUUGAUAAGAUAAAAAAGCAUCUAGUUACCUAUGGGGCUUGAAGGCUCUCGAGGACCUAUAGGAAUCUAUGGACUAGUCUAUGUGUUUAUGCUUCCCACAGGUGCUGUGCUGAGGUUGGUAAGUAUCAGUCCACUUUUUCCCUGGAUUUUCCAGUGUGAUGGUGGUUUUCAGGAUGCCUCUGUAAUCCCCUGGGCCUCUUUGUACUCAUAAGUGGUCACUUUAAGUUGAAGUUGGUGUGGUAAUUUGUUUCCCCAACACCAUCUCCAGUCUCACUCUGUCUUCUUCCUGUGUGACUUUGGCACUCAUGCUGUGUGUGUGGGGUGGGGUGCAGAGUCUCUCUGCUCCCCGUGAAUCUCUGAGAAGCUUGGUAAUUUCUUCCACCAACAGGCAAUUCUCUGCACUUGAGACAAAGGCUCUCCCGCUGAGCCACAUCCUCAGUGCAAAGGAUCUGUACUCUGGAGGCUGGGUCAUAGCAACGCCAACCAAAGUUGUCCUUUCCCAGUUGACUAUCAUGCUUGGAACCUGGCCACCAGGCUUUGAGGCAUCCUGGACAGAAUCGUGGGGCAGCCACGUGCACACCCUCUGCUUGACAACUGCGUGAAAUCCUACCAGCUGUGAGAGGGGACAAGCCUUCCAGGAAGUCUGCCUUGGGGUCACCCUCUUCUGAUUCCUCCAAGCUGAGUUCGGACAGCACAGAGCAGAAGGAAGCCAUCUGCCCAUUGCACUCCCAACUCCUGGCCCACAGAAGUCGUGAGAUAACCACAAGUUCCACAUACAGAGAAGAAAGCACUGUAUUAAAUGCCAGUCUUGAUUACCCGGCAUUUCACUCUCCCAGUCACUCAUUUACUUACUCAGUAAACAAACAGCAACAACAACAAGAAAACAACAAAACAACUUUCAUUAAGCAUGAAAACAAGGUGUCUCUCUUGAGAAACAUGAAGCGCUCUGGUUUAGGCAAACAGGGAAGAGGAGCAUAUGCCCAGAGAACAGUGCCUACACACAGGGAAAGCCCCAGAGCCCCAGGAGCCUGCCCAGGAGUGGUGAACAGUGUGGGAAUUGGCCAGAUGGAGGAAAGAGGACAUGUGCACACGGGGAGCUUGUUAGAAACAGAGUCACCCUGGCAUGUGCAAUCUGAGCCAAUUUCAUGAAAACCUCACCCUGCUCAUCUGAGUGAUGGAUGGGUUCGUGCCGAGCAGAGUGCAGCCAGAGUCAGCCUCAAAGGACAGCAGAAGAUGGCAGAAUAGACGGGUUUGAGUCUGCCUCCCCCACCUUCAGGAUGACGGCAAUUUACCACCAGCUGGAGUUGGACAUUCCAUCACUGUAACAUUACUACUUUAUUUGAAAUCCAAGAUCCAUGGUAAAUGAUCUUGCCACCAGGGCAGGGUAGAGGAGGCAGGCUCCAUUAGCCAUUUCCAUUUUGGGGAAAUCGCUUUGGAUUGUCCCUGAAGCCCUUUCACGAGAUGCAGGGAGGAGGGUCAAGGCAGCGAGCUCUGGCGUGGUGCUGGCCCGGAGUCAGGCUUCACGUGGAGACCAGGACCUCUGCACGCCUCUUUCCAACCUUCUGUGUUUUAGAGUAGCCUGUCCUCCAAUGUCCUCCAUAAUGGAAAAGCUAAAGGUUUCGUAUCAUUGAUAGACACCUGAGGGCUGGUCAAUCUGUUAACAAUGAAUGGAGGUCCGGAGCAAGUUUGAGCUGGGGAAAGGGUUGUAGGAAAGGCCAAUGGACUUGGAGAAGGGGACAUUGGGGUUCAGGCCACUGAGGUUUGUACUGAAGGCACUGGAUAGACUUUCCAGAGUUGUAGAGAGGUAUUGAAAAACAGGGUCCUCUGAGCCAAAUGGCCCCAAUUAUUAUCAGAUUACCUGUGCCUGAGCUGGAGGCCAUCCUGAUUGGGUCUGUGGACUGUUGGUAUUUGAAGGGAUGGGAUGAGGUCUGGACCCUCACCUGAAAUUCCAGCCACUCCUCCAGUCCAGUUGUGUCCAGUUCUGCCCUAAUUUCAGAUGACCUCAUGGCCUUCGGGUCUGAGGGGUACUAGGGUAUAUAAGCUGGGGGAAGUUAAUUGAGAGAAGGAGGUUCUAUCUCUGUGGCUAUGAGGAAGACGUCAUCCAUGCUGGGUGAAGACUUUCUAUUGUGGCUGAUUUGAGAUCACCCAUGUUCCUGCUGGUGACCCUCCCCUGUGCUCUUAAGUAAGACCAACAAAUGUGUUUGUUCCCCAGAGGGCGCUUUGGUGGGUUUGUUCUUUGUUUUUCCUUGGGACCUUAUAAGGAGGAGUGUCGUUGUUCACAUUUCUCCAAAGGAGGAAUUCUCAAGACAGGUGGGAAUGUGGGUUCACAUUUGCCAGGGCCCUGCAACACAUUGUAAUGACUCAUGGAAAAGAACCAAAGCAUAAGCCUGUUUCUGGAUGCCCCAGAACUGCUGAAUACUGUGGUUUAGCUCAUCUUAGGUCUGGGUGGAGCUGGUUCUUCCCCUACAGCCCCCUGAUUUCUGGAACAACAUGAAGGGCUCUGGUGAAGAAAGGGCCUUGCAAAGACAGAACCACACAGCAGAGGAAAAUGGACAUCUAGGGUUGGAGAGAAAGCUAGUACCAGAGACCGAGAAGCAGCUGGCCUGAGGCCCCUUGGAGCUGAGGGAGCUGCCUCAUCCUUUCCAUGGUGAAAGACAGCAGACUGCUGUCUGUGAUGUCUGCUCCCCAGGAGACAGAUGCGUAUCUGUCAGGGUCAGGUUCAGAACUGGACACAGUGGGUGACUCUGAAAUGGAAGAGGUGGGAGCUGGGAGGCUGGGAGGUGGCUCAGUGAUGAAAGCACUUUCCGCUCUCCUAAAGGACCCAAGUUCCAUUCCCAGCACACACAUCUGGCUACUCACUACCACCUGGAGCUCCAGCUCUGGGGAAUGGAAGCCUUUUUUGGCCUCUACAAGUGCUUGCACAUAUGUGGCAUACAUUCUCUCUCUCUCUCUCUCUCUCUCUCUCUCUCUCUCUCUCUCUCUCUCUCUCUCUCUCUCUCUCUCGUUCUCUCUCUCUCUCGUUCUCUCUCUCUCUCUCUCUCUCAUACACACAUUCUCUCUCUUUCUUUCUCAUAUACUCACAUUCUCUCUGACACACCACACACACACACACACACACACACACACACACACACACACACACACACACAAAUAUCUUCGUGUUUUCCCCCAUUUGUCCUCUUGUGAAAUAGUCUAAGGAGAGACACUUGUGCCCCUCCAGUUGGCUGUGGACUUUUGAGACAAUAGUCUCCAAGGAAUAGGGAUUUCCCCAGAAUCUCCUGCUGGGAGAAGGAAAGGCCUGAACCCAGAGUCAGCCUGAGGAGGACUUUGCCGUCAUCAGGGAUUUCAUGAAGUUCUGACUCCUGUUUAACUAGCAGGAGAGACAGGAGCCAAGACAAUGAAGGGCUGGUGAGGCGGGACCACUCCUUGGCCAGGACUGCUUGGCCACACAGGCUCUUGGCUCUUGUCCUCUGUUUAGACCCAAACCUCUUGUCAGGACCCUGAAGAUGGACUUGGGGAGUGGGUGUGAGGGAGGAGUCCCCGUGUCCCCCUCUCCCCUUUUCUAAUGUGGCGAUAUGAAGUACAACUUUCUUCUCUGCUUUUCAUGGUCGUGUUGUCUUGUCCUAGCAAGCAUCUGUAUCGCUGCAAGUCUGUGAAUCCCAAGGUCACACAUCUUGCAUUCCUGCAUCUCCUGGUUUAAAACAGCCUUCAACUGCAACUGUUCUGCUCUGUGUUUUGCUCUGGGGUUUCUCUGCCUGUGUCUUUUGUUGGCAGCAGCCAGGUGCGGAUGCCCUGCUGGACUUCUCUGCUGCUGAGAGCACAGCCCGCUUUAGGGAAGGAGUUGGAUGCUGUGUGCAACGGAUGUUGCUUUUCUUUGUACUUUUCUUACUGUACAUGCAGCAUCCUUUCUCGUUUGUUACCCUCCCACGCCCAGAUCUUCCUCCAGGGCUUGUCAGAGGUCCUUUAUUUCAGGAAUUCUCAGCCUUUGCCACUUGUAGAAGUCACUUGAUUAUUGGUGUGUGACAGUUUCCCACAGUUUAAGUCAGAUAGACUGCCGAUCACCACUUACAUUCCCUUGGGUAAUUCUAGCUCUGUGAGGAGGACCCUCCUCCAAGCCGCCCCUUUCAGACACAGAUUUAAAUGUAGACUGAGCCUUCUCUUCAGACUCCUCCUGAAAUAAUAUUAACUGAAGUUCCCAGAGAAAAAGAAAAGCUGUUCUUACAUCAAACUUUUCACCAAGCUGACUGACUAAUUAGGACAUUGAUUAUGAAGAGUUGGAAUGUUGCGAGUCUAGAGCUGAAUUAUCUUGGGCUAUCUUUCUUUUCCUAAACAGCCAUUCAUUGCUCACCUCUGUGUCACGUCUGGUCCCCUUAUUUGGUAAGUCUCUUGGAAGGGACAAACAAAGGUAUAGCUUCCACCUACCCAGAAGCUAAAAUUGCAUCAGACCGCAUUGGAGCCUAUAGUGAAAUUUCUCCUCUUUGCUUUAUUCCACCUACAUAUGAUGUCCCUUCCCCAGCAAUGUAUUUGAAAAAUGCCUUAAUUUAUGAUUUUCUCUGCUCUGUUUCUUUACUAUGUUGGAACAUGGAAUUUGGGGUGACCUGACUCUGGGCUCUCAGGCUGUGGUCACUCAUAUUUACCUCCAGAACCAACCAUUUCUUAUAUCCUGAGGUGAGCACUGGGUGUUUUUGCAUUUACAAUAAAAGAGUCAAGCCAGCUAGAUGUGCUCUGGGACCUUCCUGGCCCAAGAGUCGAGGAUCCUAACACCAGAAGCCCGCUCAGGUGCUGGGAGUCUAGGCGGCACUGCCUGGUGAUGCCCACUGCAGCUCACUGCAGCUCACUGCUCUUCACUGCAGCUCACGGCUGCCCACUGCUCUUCACUGCUGCUCACUGCUGCCCACUGCUCUUCACUGCUACCCACUGCUCUUCACUGCAGCUCACGGCUGCCCACUGCUCUUCACUGCUGCUCACUGCUGCCCACUGCUCUUCACUGCUGCCCACUGCUCUUCACUACUGCUCACUGCUGCCCACUGUUGCUCACUUUUCUUCACUGCUCCUCACUGCUGCCUACUGCUACCCACUGCUCUUCACUACUACCCACUGCUACCCACUGCUCUUCACUACUACCCACUGCUGCCCACUGCUCUUCACUACUGCCCACUGCUGCCUACUGCUGCUCACUGCUGCCCACUGUUCUUCACUGCUGCUCACUGCUGCCCACUGCUCUUCACUGCUCCUCAUUACUGCUCACUGUUCCUCACUGCUGGCCACUGCUGCCCACUGCUCCUCACUACUGCCCACUGCUCUUCACUGCUACCCACUGCUCUUCACUGCUGCUCAUUGCUGCCCACUGCUGCUCAUUGCUCUUCACUGCUGCCCACUGCUCUUCACUGCUGCCCACUGCUGCCCACUGCUCUUCACUACUACCCACUGCUGCCCACUGCUCUUCACUACUACCCACUACUGCCCACUGCUCUUCACUGCUGCCCACUGCUCCUCACUACUGCCCACUGCUACUCACUGCUGCUCACUGCUCUUCACUGCUGCCCACUGCUGCUCACUGCUGCCCACUGCUCUUCACUGCUGCUCACUGCUCUUCACUGUUGCUCACUGCUGCCCACUGCUCUUCACUGCUGCUCACUGCUGCCCACUACUGCCCACUGCUGCCCACUGCUGGCCACUGCUCUUCACUGCUGCCCACUGCUGCCCACUGCUCUUCACUGCUGCUCACUGCUGGCCACUGCUCUUCACUGCUGCUCACUACUCUUCACUGCUGCUCACUACUCUUCACUGCUGCUCACUGUUGCCAACUGGUGCUCACUGUUGCUCACUGCUCUUCACUGCUGCCCACUGCUCUUCACUGCUGCUCACUGCUCUUCACUGCUGCCCACUGCUCAUCACUGCUGCUCACUGCUCUUCACUGCUGCCCACUGCUCUUCACUGCUGCUCACUGCUGCCCACUGCUCUUCACUGCUGCCCACUGCUCUUCACUGCUGCUCACUACUGCCCACUGCUGCUCACUGCUGCCCACUGCUGCCCACUGCUGCCCACUGCUCUUCACUGUUGCUCACUGCUGCCCACUGCUCUUCACUGCUGCUCACUGUUGCCAACUGCUGCCCACUGCUGCCCACUGCUCUUCACUGUUGGUCCCUACUGCACUAAUGCUGAAAGCCCAGGAUUACAAUAGCUGCUACAUGACUAGCGUCAGGUCCCAAACAAACUAGGGACAAAUGGCUAUCUGUAGUGUCUGUUAGCAUACCAAAGCAUAUGCUGGACUCCAGGCUCUCUCAUGUCACAAGAACCUGUUACAGGGUCCAUGCAGGCAGGCAUCCUGGCUCUUCUCACCCCUGACUCUAAUCUUCUCCAGCUCAUGGGCUUCCCUCCCCCAGGUUUCCCAUUCCCCUAUAACCCUGCUAUUUCGGCUGUGGUUCUCUUUUGCCCCCUCUCUUGUUCUCCUUGCCUGCAUUCUCUCUGUCUUCCUUUCUCACACCCCAGCCUCUUCUCGUGUCCAGUCUGCUGGCCACGUUCAGUGUAUGACUUUUUUUCUCUGCUCUGGAUUCUUCCAGGUGCCUCUGGCCGUACUUUCUCCCAUGUCUGCAAUAAAAGCCAUCCUCCAACCACA